AUGGACGAUUUAUUUUUAAAACUAAAAUCAGAAAAUAAUGAAGAAUUAAUUCAAGCCUUAGAAACGUUUGUAAAUAAUUAUACUAGUACAACAAAAUUUGAUUUUUUGGAUAAAGAUAAUUUAAGGACUCAAAUUUGGGAAAUUAUAUUUGUACAUUUAAUAAAUAAAAGACAACCAUCUAUUCAUGAAAAAUGUUUAGCUGGACUUCGAAUUUUAAGUCGUGAUAAGACAAACUUGGAUAAUAUAUUAACGAAGGAAAAAUUGAAUGUAAUAUUAGAAUAUGCUGGUCUUAACAUGAAACAGAAACAAUAUGCAAUUGUACCAGCUACAAAUGAAGCACAGAAAUUAUUGUGUAAUCUCUUAUUUAAUAGUACAAAAGUACAAAAUAUUAUUAUGGAAACUAUUUGUUUACAGUGUGUUAUAGAUCGUAUUAGUAAAUAUGAUAAAACUGUGCAGCAUGAUACUAAACUUUUUGAUGUGAGAAUAAUAUUUUUGAUUACUACUUUAAAUAUUUCAACAAGAAACAUUGUUAGCGAAGAGUUACAUGGAGAUAUUCAGUUAAUACAAAUGUUAGAAAGCAUUUUAAAUUAUUAUUCAAUAAGCAAUCGAGAGAUAAAGGAUAAUGAUAUGUUAUUAAUUUGUGAAAUUUUGAAAACACUGUUUAAUUUAUUUAUACAAUCAAAAGAUCCAUCUAUAGAUGGAUUAGAAACUUGUAAAAAAAUGGUGCUCAUUUUAAGAAAAUUACUUUUAAAUAAUAAUGAAAAAUAUAAAGAUAAUUUAGAAAGUCAUAUUGUUAAUUUAUUAAUUGUAAUUCCUACUAACUGUUAUUUGAAUUUGAUCAUACGUACGUCAAAUGAUGAUAUUAUUCUAUAUCAAGACAUGGAUAUGACGGUUAUCAAUAUAUUGAUAAAAUUUUUAAAUAACAAAUUAAAUUCGAAAACGAAUUUAAUUGAAAAUUUGUCACCGAUAAUAACUUGUUUUAUUAAAGUUUGUAAAGGUGAAAGAUUAAUUCGCAAGUAUGUACGAAUGCAGGUUCUUCCACCACUGAAAGAUUUUAUGAAAAGACCCGAAGAAGGAUCGACAUUAAGAAACAAGCUUUGUAAAUUACUUACCAUUCCCAUAACAGAAGUACGGGAUCUUGCAGCAGAAUUUUUAUUCGUUCUUUGUAAAGAAAAGGUUGGUCGAAUGAUUAAGUAUACAGGAUAUGGAAAAAUAAUAUUGAAAUUUAAAAAAAAUAUAUUCAAUUAAUUGAAGUUGAUUUUUACAAAAAUUUCUAGAAUAAAUCCAGUCAUAGGAUGUUAUGAAAAUCCACAAGCAAAUCCUUUAGAAAAUAUGACAGAGGAACAAAAGGAAUAUGAAGCCAUGAAAUUAGUAGGCCUUAUAGAUCAAUUGCAAAAAGAGGGUCUAAUUCAACCAUGUCGUAUAGGAGAAGAUGGCAAACCGAAAGCAAUCGAACAUAUUUUGGAGUUAGAAGAUCAAUUGCAACAACAACAAAUACACAAACAAGAUUCAGAUUCCGAUUAGUAUAAUCUUUGGAUUUAAUAUACUAAGUAAUAAU